AUGGUUGCCUGGUGUGUUCUGAGAUUUGAAGAGUAUAUUACAUUCGCCUACUUGUUUGGCGAUUAUACACGAUGGAAUAUCGAUGAAGCACGUCAUCUAUUCGAAGAGUUAGCCGCGCAAGGCUCUGCGGAUGCACAGUUGGGUUUGGCCUUCCUUCACGGUACAGGCAUCGGAGUGCCGGAAUCGUCUCAAGCCAAGGCGUUGAUCUAUUACACUUUCUCAGCGUUAGGCGGUAAUCCACUCUCACAAAUGGCACUUGGCUAUCGUUACUGGUCUGGAAUAUCGGUGCCUAUCAAUUGUGAACGAGCACUUGCGUGGUACAAGAAAGUGGCCACUCGAGUGGCCGAACAAGUGCGUCUGUCGGGCGGUACGGCAAUGCAGAGAAUUCGAUUGCCAGAUGAACAGGAGAAUACGGGCUCAUCAUCAUCGUCGCCCUCAACCGCAUUACUCGAUCCAAAUCUACUCAACUACUACAAAUACUUGGCUGAUAAAGGCGAUCUUCAAGCGCAGGUUCAUUAUUGUUUCUGUUUUACUGUUCUGUUGUACCGUGAGUAG